AUGGAAUUGCCCCAAGAGUUAUUUUUCUUUAUCUUUUCACUCUUGAACCAUACAGAUCGUACUCAAUGUCGACUUGUAUGUCAACAAUGGCAAACUUAUUUGGAUAGAUCAGAACUUUUGUUUGAGACACUGUCAUGUCGCCAUAAAGAUCAACUUGAUUAUGCAAUCCAGUUCUUUGAGAAUAACAAACGUCUGGCUAACAAAGUUAAGGCAUUACAUAUUGACAUGGCAGCAUCUCUAUCUGUUGAUACACUCAUACGACAGAUAGAAUUGUUUCCGCAUAUGCAGCAUGUAGAGCUCUAUUUUGACCCUACAAGUAUCCUUAGCAGUCGAAAAUAUGUAGCCCCAGCUGAGAUAUCCCGCUAUAGGCCUGCUACUAUCACACAGUCAUGGUCAAAGCUAAAGUCAAUAGCAGAAACAAGUACCUGCAUGUACACGACCUCAUUACUUCAUACCACACAGCCCUUUCUACAUCUCAACCAUCUUUGGCUUAAUUUUGCUUCUGUCGGUAAUAACUGUCGAUCAAGAGCGUCUGAAUACUUGAUUACAGGUCUCAGCAAUGCACCUAGUCUUUUGUUCAUGUACAUCAUGUAUGGUUGCUUCAAUACAACACAACUGGAUAGACUACAUUAUGCUUGCUCUCAACUCAAAGAACUAGCCAUGAUCAAAACAGCGUUUAUCAUGUUACCCACAGAACAAUAUGUACCCUUUCAAACAGUCUCUCUUGGCUAUCAACCUAUACCAGCGCCCUCUAUCACUAAAGUUGUCUUUUCAGAUGCUUAUCUAUCUCAUGGCGUGCCUCUUUUAGAGUACAUGUCACAUAAGUACACAGGGGCCAUUGAAUUGGUCUGUCUUCAGCACUCUCGAGACACCAUGGUUCGUUCUAAUUACACGGGUGAUCGCGAUGCUGUUUUUGCUAUUGCUCGAACAUGUCAAUCUCUUGAGCGAUUUGACACCAAUUUGAUCAGACUGACUACAGAUGUGAUGCUGGCAUUUGAACCCACCAAAGUCAAUUUUGACUCAUUGGAUGCGUAUCCAUUCACCCCAAACUGGUUAGAGCAAUUUGAUACCUUCUCCAACACACGGUUCAGACACACCCUUCGACAGUGUGAACUGGAUUAUCCCACGACAAAGGAAUUGCUGUCCUUGGCUCGGUUUACUCAUCUGACAGAAGUGACACUCAUACAUGAUUUAGCCCAAGAGACGCCAGUCUCACUGAAUAAGAUGAUUGGACAGCAUCAGCACUUGGUUAAGUUGUGUAUCAUGGGCUUUCAUGUGUCUGUUGACUGCAUGGAUCCUAUUGAAACGCAUAUUAAGAACUUGUGUAUUUUGGAUGCCGUGUUUGAAGGAGAAGAUCAAGACUACAAUUGCCCUGUAUUGGCCUUUUGUUCUCGCCUCAGAUUAGAGGAUUUACACUUGUCUGGCGAGAUUGCGUCUGUGAAAGUGAUGCCUUACUUGGAUCUUCGCCAACAUACUCAAUUGAGCCGUGUGGAUGUCUAUUUUGAAGCAUGCUAUUAUAUUCAACUGAUCGAGAACAACACAACCAAAUGGCUUCAUAUUGAUUUAGGCAGUGAUUCAGACGAUGGUACGGAACGAUAUGAACUAGACCAUGAUCCUACCAUAGACAAUCCUGAUCUAUGGUACAUGACAGUAGAAUUGAAUUCAUUUCCUGGUUUUUAUUAUUCUUCAUCACAACCUUUAUUCUAUGAAGAAAGCUAUAGCACAUACUAUUAA